CUCUGCCUCUGCCAUCUCACCUCACCACACCCCCCGGCUGCUACUGUCAUGCUCGCGCGCGCAGCUGCCCGCUAUGCCGCCGGCGCCCGGCCUUUCCUCGUCUCGGCUCCCAGGCCUUCGCCGGUUGCUCUGCGCCUCGCGAGAGACAGCAGUCAUCGCGCCACCAAGAAGUCCUCCAACUUCGCGUCCGGUCCUGGCGUAGUGAAGCCCAAGCCGCAGAAGCCCGCAGCUCCCUCGCCAGACGCCGCAGAGUUCAACCCUGCCGCGUCGCCGGACAAGAACACCGCCCCGCGCUCAGCACCCGGCCCUGCCGCCGCCGCAGCCGCCGCUGCUGGCGGCGCGUCCAAAACCGCGUCAGACUCCACCGACUACUCAACCUCGCAGCCAGAAUUCGACAGCCCUCAAUCGUCCGAGGCCAACACCACCCCCGGCGAUGCGCCCGAACCUGCUCAGCCGCGCCAGCCUUUGCCCGACCUGAGGCAAGGCAUUCCUUCCACCUUUGCGGCCGAAUUCCUCAAGCCCACGUCUGCCGCCAAGGAGGAGGCGCCUGACCCGUCUAUCAACAUCACCGAAGACCCCAAUGCCGAGGCUCCCGAGAGCGGCAGCGGCCGCGGUGGUGGUGGCGAGCUUCCCAAGUCCGCAUACGAGACCUCGACCGACAGGCGGAGAAAUAUGGCGGCCAAUGCCGCAAUGGCCAUGGCUGCAGUGACAGGUAUCAUUGGCUUGUUCUACCUGGGCCGCGAGUGGGAAACUGAAGAGGAGGCCAAGGCGCAUGCCGACGCGCCGGCUGGUCUCACGCCGUCCGCCAUGUAUGCGCGCGCAAAGGCCAGGAUGGGCGGCUCCAUGAGCUACUACACGGACCCUGUGUCUCCCAAGCUCCUGCCGGAUAUGACUCCUGUCCCGCCUUACACGCUGGUUGUAAGUUUGGAGGACAUGCUGAUUCACAGUGAGUGGACGCGUGAGCAUGGCUGGCGGUUUGCGAAGCGCCCAGGCGUCGAUUACUUUAUUAGGUACCUGAGUCAGUACUUCGAGCUUGUCAUCUUCACCAGUUUGCCUAUGAGCACCGCGGAGCCUGUUAUCAGGAAACUUGACCCCUUCCGCAUCGCCAUGUGGUCGCUUUUCCGCGAGGCCACGCGGUAUGAGAAGGGAGAGUACGUCAAGGAUCUGUCGUGCUUGAACCGCGACCUGAGUAAGAUCAUCCUCGUCGAUACCAAGAAGGAACACGCCAAGAUGCAACCCGACAACGCCAUCAUUCUACCUGCCUGGACUGGUCAGAAGGGCGACAAGGGCCUCGUUGGCUUAAUACCUUUCCUUGAGUACAUUGCGACCAUGGGUAUCACCGAUGUGCGCGCCGCCAUCAAAUCGUUCGAAGGCAAGGACAUCGCCACGGAAUUCGCGGCACGCGAGAGGAAGGCGCGCGAAGCCUUCCACAAGCAGCUGGAAGAGGAAAAGGCGCGCAAACCUAAGCGCUCAGGCAUGUCAUUCCUGACUGGUGCGCUGGGCAUGAAGCCGGUGCCGGGUCAGGGUGGACUCGUCGUCGGCGAGGAGUCAGUAGCCGAGGGCUUUGAGAAGGGCAAGAUGCUCAGCGACCAGAUGCGCGAGCGCGGCCUGAAGCAGUACGAGUUCAUGGAGAAGGAGAUCCGUGAGAACGGUGAGAAGUGGCUCAAGGAAAUGGCCGAGGAGGAGAAGAAGCUCCAGGAAGAGUCGAUGAAGAGCAUGAAGUCGGGCUUCUUCAGCAUGUUCAGCGGCCCCAAGCCCGAGGGCCAGUAAGCGCGCGAGUGCGAGGAUUGCAAACAUGCAUCCAUGUCCCACCGCAACCAAGCGUCCAUAUGUAAUUCCCUUGCCCGGGUGUCGCGAGCUCAGUCAGGAUGUGUUCACCAAAAAGUCAAAUGACGGCGAUGUUCCUUUUUCUUUCUUUCUAUUUUUUCUCUUCCUUUUGUUGAUUUUCUCGCUGAUGCAUCGCACGGCGGAGUUCUGCGCGCUGCUGGGUUAGUGGCUGGAUUGGCGGAUGAGGGCGGAUGUCAAUUGGCUGUACAUUGACGACGAAUUGGCCUCGAUUUUGUAUCAUCCCUGUAUUAUCUCUUCUCUCUAUACGUACAUGAGAAAUAAAAAAUCUGACGAGUC